AUGUUUUCAAAAAGGAAGGUUGUUAAAAAAAAUAUAAAGAAAAGCUUGUUUGAUGAUUCAGGAUAUGGUGGUGAAGAACUCAAAUUAUUUAAAGGGCCCGUGAAUGAAGAAAAUAAUACAGUAGAACAAGAUGAAAAAGGAAAUAAAAUCAAUAGUAAUGCAUGCAUUCAUGAAGAAGGUAUAAAAAUACACGAUGGAAAUAAUUUAAACAAAACAAAUAACGAAAUAAAAAAAAACAUAACAACAGUAUUUAUGACGAACAAUAAAAAUAUUAAUGAUGCAUAUAAUGCUGAAGAUAAUAUGGAGAAUCAGCAAAACGAUUUAAAAUCAGAAAAAAAUGAAAAAAUGAAAAAAAAACUGAGUUUUAUAGAAAAGAAAAAAAAAGAAGAAACUGAUAGAGUAAAUAGAUUAAAUACAAGUUUUAAUAUAUACAGUGAUAGUGAUAGUGAUAGCGGUAGUGAAAAUUAUAUAAUGAUAAAAAAAAAGAAAAAAAAUGUGAAGAAAAAAUUUGCUGGUGUCAAUAAUAAUAAUAUAUAUGAAAAAAAAGAAAACAUAGAAAAAAUCAAUAACAUGAAAGAAAACGCGAAAAAUGAUGAAAAAAAUAUUAUAACAAUUGAAUUGGAUAACCAUGAAAAACUUAUUUAUAAUAAGCAUUAUUCUAGAAAUAAAAAUGAACAAAAUAAUGAACAGUAUUAUAAAAAAUACAAUACAAAUAGGUAUUAUAUGUACACCAAAGAUAGCGAUGGAAGUGAAGGGCAUCGAAAUGAUGUAUUUUCUAUGAGAGGAACAGGAGGUGAUAUUAAUGAAAUGGAUGGGGAUAAUCCAUAUAGUUAUAACGGUAUAAAAUCUGAUAAAAAUUUUCAAAACAUAUUACAAGUGAAUAAUAUUUACAAACCUGAAAUAGCAACUGGUAAUAGCUUGCUUGUUCAGGAAAAUGAACAAUUAUAUGAUGAUCAUGUUAUAAUUAAUUUUGAAGACGAAAUUGAUGAUGAUGAAAAUGAUGAAGAAAAUAAAUUAAUCAAAGAAAUAAAAUUAAAAAAAAAUAUUAUUCGAAAGAAAAAAGAAAUUUCAGAAAAGUAUUUGUUUGAAUAUGAAGAAGAUUGGAAUGAUGAUUGUAAAAAAUUAUAUCCUUAUGAUUAUUCUUAUAUAGACAAAUAUACUUCCAAAAAAUAUAUAUAUUCAAAUGAAAUAAAUAAUAAUUUCGAAAAUGAAGACGAUUUUGAAGUUGACGAUACAUAUAACUACGAAACAUUAAAUGAGCUAAAAUACAAACUUUUAAUAAAAAAAAAUAAAAAUGAAGAAAUAGGAAAUUUAUAUGAAAAAGUCAUAAUAAAAAGCAAACACGACCAAGAGUCAGAGUUAAGAAAAGAGUUUUCAAGUAAUGAUUUAGAAUCAGAAAGCAAAGGAAAUGAUGACAUUUCCAAGUUAUACAAAUCGUAUGGAAACUAUGGAAAUAUAAGUGAUGAAAAUGAAGAAAAUGAAAAUCAUAAAAUAAAAAAAAUUAUUAACAGGAAUAUUUUUAAAGAACUAUCUAAUGAAAAAAAAAAAAUGGAAUUUUUAGCUAGCUCAAAUUAUGAUGAUAAUAUAAACGAAGAUAUAUAUAUGAGAGACAAAUUAACUGGAAAUAUUCCAAUAAAAAAAGAGAAAACAAACGAUUUAAAUAAUAUAAAUGUGGAUGAAAAAUAUAAUACAUAUGAGAAUAAGAAAGAAGGAACAUCUGUUAUCAUAGAAAAUAAACAUACAAUAAAUAAAUUUAGUGAAAAAGGUUUAAAAAUUAAAGAAGACAUUGAAGAUAAUACUUCUUAUAAUAAUGAAAAUGAAAAGAUGUUUGAAAAUAUUAAAAGAAACUUUGAACAAUAUGGUGUAUGUAACUUAGAAAUUGUUAAGAUGAAUAAUGACAUAAAAAAAUAUUAUGAGAAUUAUAAAACUGAAAUUAAAAAUUAUGAAAAUAAAAAACGUUUAGAAAAACAUAAUAAUAUAGAAUAUAAAAAAUUAAAAAAAAUGUGUAAAAAAAAAAAAGAAAAAAUUAUUACAUGUAUAUAUAUUAAUAGAUUUAUAGCAAUUUUAAGGAACCUUAUUUUAGAAAAAUCAAAAUGUAUUGAUAACGCAUUAAAAUUAUUAUACAAAAUGGAAAGUAGUUUUUCAACAAUUUAUUUUAACAUGAAGCUAUAUAUCUAUAAAGAAUAUUAUGAACAUCAUAAGCUUAAAUUUAUUGAUGAUUAUAUAUUUAAUUCGAAAUUUUACAAAAUAAAAAAAAAAAAAUAUAAAUCAAUUCAGUUAAAUUAUCUUAUAAAAGAAGAUAAUUUUAUUCAAAACAAAAACAACAUAAAUACUCUUAUUUUAUUUUACAACAAUUUUGUUAAAAAUAUUUAUAAUUAUCAUUAUUUUAAUAAAACUUCAUACCAUUAUAUGUUUGAUGGAUUUUCAAGUAAUUAUUCUACUGAUUCAUCAAAUAUGAGUAAAGAUGAUAAUAAGGUAAUUAAAGAAUUGAACGAUAAACAAUAUAAUUUUAAGAGAACAUAUAAAAGUGAAAAGACAAAAUAUUUUCAAACUAUAAAAAUGAAAGAUAUAAAAAAUAAAUUCCUUUUUCUUAUUGAAAACAUAUUUGAAAAUGUGAAUUUAUAUUUUUUAAAUUUUAAAAGUGUGAUAAAAUAUUUUUACUUAUUUAAAUAUUAUAAUAGUGAUUUUUUUAAAAAUAAUAAUUGCUUGGAAUGCUUUCAAGAAAUAUUUUUUUUUUUUGUAAAAUUAGAAUUGCUUUAUUGGGAUCCAAUUUUACAAUUUUCAUUAAAAAAAAAAAAAAAAAAUAUUAAAUUCGAUAUGUAUGACAGACAAAUAAAAAGAGAUAUAUUGAUAAUCGAUCAAAAUAUUUCCAAUCAUAAUAUUCAUGAACAAAUAGGGGAAAUUCCAAAUGAUAACAAAGAAAAUAAAAAAGAUAUCAAUGAACAUAUAUUUCCCCAUUUUAAUUAUAAUAAUUUAUUUAUAAAUAGUGAUAAUGAUGAUAACCAAUUCACAGAUUCACCAGAAUCUGGAAGCGAAAUUUCUGUAAGCAGUUCAAGUUUCACAGAUGAAGAAAAUGUAAAUAAUAAUAUGAGAAAAAGAGAAAGCGAAAAUAAUAGCACUAACUUUGAAAACAUGAAUAAAAUAAAUCCAACAUUUAAGAAGUUUCGAAAAAAUCCUAAUUUUGAAAAAAAAAAAUACAAACUUAAUAAAAAAUGUUUCAAUACUAGCCCAUUUAUAAAAUCAUUUGAAUGGUAUAAAUUCAUGGAUGAGUUAAUGCUUAUUUAUGAUAUAUCAAAUGAAAAAGAAAUAUUAAAAAUUUUAUAUAAAAAUAUAUUUAACAAUAAAAUAUAUGAACUAAUAGAUACUGUAUGGAAUCCAUUUUCACUGAAUCAAAGUAUUAAUUUAGUUGCCAUAAUAAAAGAAUAUAUAACAUAUAAUGAAGACAAUGAUUUGUUAUUUUUAAAAAUUAGAGAAAGGGUUUGUAUCUACAUAAAAACAUAUUUAGAAUCACGUAAAAAUAUAAUGAAUCAAAAAAAAAGAAAUAUUUUCUUAAUUAGAUGUUUAAAACUUUUAAAAUGCAUAAAACAUAUACUUGCUAUAUUACGCGAUAAAGAAUUACACCAAAUUGUUCAGAAAAUUUUCUAUGACAUUGUUUUAGCUAACUGUGAUUAUUCUAACAAAUUUCAUAAUCUUAUUUUAUCAUCUUUAAUUCCGAUCAUUCAAUCUGUAAAUAUAUUAUAUAAUGAUAAUUUUAAUACUGAUAUGACGAAAAUAAUGAAUAGGGUCGUAUCCAAUUUGGAAUCUGGUGGCACUUGUUUUACGACACUUCACAUUGAUGAUUGA